CCAGGAGUCCACUUGCAGAAACGGGCGACCGUCGGUUCAAACGCACGCUGGAUGUGGCGGUCCUAGCGCCAAGCACGCCGACUAUCCCGUCUCUUUUCAGACGUUGUAGACUUGAAUCAUUAGGUUUUCGGCAGCCUUCAUGAACUAGCUUGAAAUUCGUGGCAGGAUCAAAGAUGAUUUCGCCGUGGGACCGGUGGUACUCGACGAGCUGCUGCCUCUGCUGCCAUGUACGGACGGGCACCAUUAUUCUGGGAAUAUGGUAUAUGCUCAUCAAUGCAGUGGUCCUACUCAUCUUGUUGUCGGCUCUCAAUGACCCAAUUCAGUACCGCUACCACCUUACCAGCUCCGAGCUGGGAACUGACAUUGAUGUCAUGGACGAUGCAAAUAUCUGCAUAGCUACUGCAAUAUCCCUACUCAUGAUUCUUAUAUGUGGCAUGGCAACAUAUGGUGCUUACAAGCAACAUGCUGCUUGGAUCAUUCCAUUCUUCUGCUACCAAAUCUUCGACUUUGCCCUUAACACACUGGUAGCCAUUAGCGUGGUGGUUUAUCCCAAUACGGUGCAGGACUACCUCCAGCAGCUGCCGGGGACAUUCCCUUACAAAGAGGACAUCAUGUCCACCAACAACAUGUGCCUAGUUUUUGCGGUCCUCCUCUUCAUUGGCUGCAUCCUCUCCUUCAAGGCCUACCUGAUUGGCUGUGUGUGGAACUGCUACAGAUAUGUGAGUGGCAGGGGCACCACAGAGGUCCUUGUUUAUGUCACCACCAACGACACCACGGUUCUGCUGCCACCAUACGAGGAGGCCAUUGCCAUCCCACCCAAGGAGCCUCCUCCCCAGUAUAUGGAGGCAUGAGAGAUGUCCUCGCUGCUGGACCCUAUACCCCAUACACCCCCAAACACCCCCCACCCCAACAACUUCCACAUCCCUCGCCAACAGCAGGACCUCCGACGCUGGCUGGACCAUGUUGAAAAAACCGAGGAAAAACAUUGUCUUGGAUGUUGGUAUCAGCUUGGAUUCCUGCCAAUUUUA